GAAUACGAGUAUAGAAUCUUCUAUUUUCCAGAAGAAUCAAAAAAGUAAUUUCAGUCCUCUCAUUUAUUUUCCCUCUUUAAUUUACCAACUUUUCGUGAACUCCUAUCCAAAAUACCCACGAGAAAAUUCAAUAAACGGUUGCCACAUACCUAUAUCUUUUUAGAAAAGGCCACAUGUAUAUGUAUCUAUAAUAUAAUAUAUGUUGUUGACCAUUUUUAGUUUAAAGAGCACAAAGGCUGCUCACUUUGAUUAAUUCAAUUUUCAAGUUAGUUCAUCUGAGAUAAACGGUUUAACUAGAUUUGCUUGAAUGGGAUCAGUUGAUCAUUGUUUAGCAGGAGUAACUGUGGGGUCUGGGCAUAAUAUCAAUAAGACAGCUGGUUUGAAUAUAAUAAGUUCAAUGCCUAAUUUGCAGCACACGCAGAACAAGAUCGUGAUCGGUGAUGAUGGUUAUGUUCUGGAGGAUGUUCCUCAUUUGUCUGAUUACAUUCCUAAUCUUCCUACAUAUCCUAAUCCAUUGCAGGACAAUCCUUCAUAUUCAGUUGUUAAGCAGUAUUUUGUCAAUGUGGAUGAUGCAGUUGCCCAAAAGGUCAGCUCUGUUUGAAAUGAAAAAUAUUUGGGGAUUACCUUCUAAUCAUUCGGAGAAGCACUUGAUAGUGCUCGUGCUAAUAUGUUGUCCGGGUCACGGGGUAAUAUGCCUUAUUGUUGUCCACAAGAACAGUCCAAGGGGGAAACAUUUUCGUCGAGCUGGUCCUCGCCAAAAAGUUUACUUUGAGCCGGACGAUGUUUAUGCAUGUAUUGUAACAUGUGGAGGCUUAUGUCCAGGUCUCAACACAGUUACCAGGGAAAUAGUAUGUGGCCUAUACCAUAUGUAUGGUGUAAGCAGAGUCGUGGGGAUAGAUGGAGGAUAUAGAGGUUUCUAUUCCAAAAACACGAUUCCCUUGACACCCAAGGUUGUGAAUGAUAUCCAUAAACGUGGUGGAACCAUUCUUGGGACAUCUCGAGGAGGUCAUGUUACCAAGAAAAUAGUAGAUAGCAUUCAGGACCGGGGUAUGAAUCAGGUUUAUAUAAUUGGAGGAGAUGGAACCCAGAGAGGGGCAGCGGUGAUAUUUGAGGAAAUUAGAAGGCGCGGUCUCAAUGUUGCAGUUGCUGGAAUCCCCAAGACAAUCGAUAAUGAUAUACCAGUUAUUGACAAGUCUUUCGGUUUUGAUUCUGCUGUUGAGGAAGCCCAACGUGCUAUUAGUGCUGCUCAUGUUGAAGCUACCAGUUUUGAGAAUGGAAUUGGUGUUGUGAAGUUAAUGGGACGGGAUAGUGGGUUCAUAGCGAUGUAUGCUACUCUUGCUAGUCGAGAUGUUGACUGCUGUUUGAUUCCAGAAUCCCCUUUCUAUCUUGAAGGACACGGAGGACUGUUUGAGUAUAUAGAACGUAGGCUUAAAGAAAAUGGGCACAUGGUUAUAGUCAUAGCUGAAGGUGCUGGACAAGGGCUAGUUUCCGAGAGUUUGAAAUCCACUGAUCCUUCAGGGAAUAAGCUUUUACCAGAUGUUGGGCUAUGGAUCUCGGAAAGGAUAAAGGAGCAUUUCUUGAAACAAAAGAAGAUGGUCAUUAAUCUCAAAUAUAUAGAUCCCACAUACAUGAUUCGGGCUAUUCCAAGUAAUGCAUCUGACAAUGUGUAUUGCACUCUUCUUGCUCAAAGCGCUGUACAUGGAGCAAUGGCUGGCUACACAGGUUUUACAGUUGGUCCUGUCAACGGCAGACAUGCUUACAUACCCUUUAAUAGAAUCAUUGAGAAACAAAACAAGGUUGUGAUUACAGACAGGAUGUGGGCAAGACUUCUAUCUUCAACCAAUCAACCUAGCUUCUUGAGAACGAGAGAUAUAAUUAAAGAAAACAAGGAGGAAGAACCACCUACUCAGUUAGCAAACGAUUCCACAUCUACAGACGAAAAUUCGGUGGAGAAACAAAUCCUUUGCUAACUUUGAAACAUCAUAUAUAUAUAUAUGGUCCCUUGUAAAAGUACUACAAAGAAAAACAAAUAUGUGAGGAUUACCAGCUUGGUGAGAGAACCCUACACUUGUGUAAAAUCUCAAUGUGUGAGGAUUACCUGCUUGCUGAGUUUUAGACGCGCGAUGUGUAUUGUGACUCAAAAUAAUAUACAAUAAUUAAAAAAAAGGAUACUCUGGUUUUUCAGAAA